CGCGAGGAAGGACUACGAAUCCCAGCAGGCAGUGCGCGGAGCGAGGGCGCAAGAGGAGGAGCCGGGAGCCGUCGGGCCCCGCCGAGCCAGCCGCAGCACCUGGUGUAAGUGGCCAUGGGAAAACGAUACUUUUGUGACUACUGUGACCGCUCCUUCCAGGACAACCUCCACAACCGAAAGAAGCACCUGAACGGGCUACAGCACCUUAAGGCCAAGAAGGUGUGGUACGACAUGUUCCGAGAUGCGGCUGCCAUCUUGCUGGAUGAGCAGAAUAAACGGCCCUGCAGGAAGUUCCUCCUGACAGGCCAGUGUGACUUUGGCUCCAACUGUCGCUUUUCCCAUAUGUCAGAGCGAGACCUGCAGGAGCUGAACAUCCAGGUGGAGGAGGAGAGGAGGGCCAGGGAGUGGCCACUGGACACAGCUGAGCUCCCCGAGGGCCAUCUGGAGGAGUGGCUAGAGAAGAGAGCCAAGCGGCUGAGUUCAGCCCCCAGCGGCAGGGCUGAACCCAUCAGAGCCACCGUCUUCCAGUACCCCAUGGGCUGGCCGCCAGUUCAGGAGCUGCCCCCCUCCCUGAGGGCGCCCCCACCCGGGGGGUGGCCCCUGCAGCCCAGAGUCCAGUGGGGCUGACUUCCUUUGACCCUGCCUGACUCCCAUUUGGUCAACUCUCUUGUCAGUCACAAUAAAGACAG